AGCCGCCAGCGCCAGCCAGUCAUUGAGCGACGGUCUACCAUUGCGUGCGUGUUGAACGACGCUAUUACUACAAUUUACGGACAAAGUGACAUGCGCGUUUACUUGUCCUGAUUUCUAACUAAAAACAAACGAACCUAUUGGAUUACAGUGCUCGAACAAAGUGACAGUGUUGUGUUAUCACUAAUUCAUCAGUAUUUGUCGCUCGUAUUCCGUAUUUCGUACACCGCCAGUGCAGUGUUUAUGUUGGAAGAGCGGCACCGUACCCCGUACCCGCACCUUCCAAGGAGGGGGGACGUCGCCCUCGAGAUUUUCUUAAAAAGGGCAGACUGAAUGUAACGGCAGACUACAAGCGGCCUUAUUGCUAAUGAAUCAUAUGUGCCAGGCAACAUUCACAAAAAGAUGAAGGGUCGCGGGGUGUUAGUGGUGGCGAGGUGAGGCGGCAGCGUGGCUAGCAUGGACCACGCGGUGAAGGCGAUGUCGGCGCGCGGGCCGCUGGCGCGGCUGGUGGCGCGCCGGCGCUUCGAGUCCGCCGAGCUCGAGGAGCUGUACGCGCGCUACGCGUGCAAGCUGCAGCGGGGCUCGGUCGGCUCAGCGCUGGCGCUGUGGGCGGCGCUCGCGGCCGCGCUCGCCGCCGUCGACGCCACGCGCGGCUGGCGCCGAGCGCCGCAGGUGGGCGUGCUAAGCGCGCACGCGAUGCUCUGCGGCGGGCUGGCGUGGUGGUGCGGGCGCGCGGGCGGGAGCGCGCCGGAGCGCCGCCUGCCCCGCGCCUGCUGGCUGGCCCUGGCCGGCGGCGGCGCGGCGCUGGCGGCCACGCUGCCCGCCUGGAGCCCCGGCGCCGCCGCAGAGGGCGCCGCGCACGUCGUCUGGGCCGUCUUCGCCGCCUACGCCCUGCUGCCCGUCGGCGCCCCCGUUGCCGCAGCCUUUGGCAUCCUCCUGCCGACGGUCCAUACUGUUGCGGCGGCGCUCGUGGCUCACCGCUUCCCCUACCAUAUCUGGCAACAGAUGGUGGGUAACGUGGUGGUCUUCGUGUGCGUCAAUAUAGUGGGCGCUCUGAUGCAUUCGCUCAUGGAGACUGCGCAGCGGCGCGCGUUUCUCGACACACGAAACUGCAUCGCGGCGCGGCUCGACAUGGAGGACGAGAACGAGAAACUGGAACGAUUACUGCUGUCAGUGCUGCCACAACACGUCGCUAUGGAAAUGAAGAACGACAUCAUAUCGCCGGUAGAGGGCCAGUUCCACAAGAUCUACAUACAAAAGCACGAACAAGUUAGUAUACUGUUUGCGGACAUCGUGGGCUUCACGGUACUCGCAUCGCAGUGCAGCGCGCAGGAGCUCGUGCGGCUGCUCAACGAACUCUUCGGCCGGUUCGACCAGCUCGCAAGCGACAACCACUGCCUCCGCAUCAAGAUCCUGGGCGACUGCUACUACUGCGUGUCCGGGCUGCCCGAGCCGCGCUCCGACCACGCGCGCUGCACCGUCGAGAUGGGGCUCGACAUGAUCGACGCUAUAGCAUCUGUAGUGGAAGCGACUGAUGUACAGCUGAACAUGCGCGUGGGCAUCCACACGGGGCGCGUGUUGUGCGGCGUGCUGGGCCUGCGCAAGUGGCAGUACGACGUGUGGUCCAACGACGUCACGCUCGCCAACAACAUGGAGGCGGGCGGGGAGCCUGGACGAGUGCACGUAACACAGGCUACACUGGAGUGCUUGGGCGGCGCAUACGAGGUUGAGCCCGGGCACGGUGCCUCGCGCAAUGCCUACCUGCGCGACCACUCCAUACAAACUUACUUCAUCAUCCCACCGCCGAGGCGAAGAAAAAUGUGUCUGUCCUCGGGCGUGGGGCUGGGCUCGGCGUCGCGACGCAAGCUUUCCUUCAAGAACGUCUCCAACGUCGUCGUUCAGUUGUUGCACUCCAUAAAGUUCAACGUGGACGUCCCCUUCUCCAACAUGGCCGCCUCGCCGCAAGAGCUUAAAGCCAACGCAGCUAGGAAGGUGCUGGACCUGCGGCGCGCGCUGCACGCGGAGCCGGGCUCGGCGGAGGCGCUGCGGCUGGCGGCCAUGCGCGCGGAAGACGUGAGCGCGCGAGAGCGGGAGCGGGAGCCCAAGGACCCCUCGCACCAAACCUUCGACGCCGUCAUGCACCACGUCCGCUCCACGCACCCCACGAAUAAAGUGACGGAGAAGUUCAAGAGGCCGUUGAAAAAGCGUCACUCGUCUGUGUACCACCAGCCGACCAACCGCGUCAACAAGUACCUGGCGCAGGCAAUCGACGCGCGCUCCGUGCACCGCGAGAAGGCCACGCACGUGCAUCUUCUUACUCUCUGCUUUAAAGAUGGCGCUAAGGAAGGACAGUAUCGUGCAUCGACGGACGGUGGUUGGGCGGGCUCGCUCGGCGCCGCACUAGGGGCCGUAGCCGCCGCGGGCGCCCUGCAAGCCGCCAUACUACCCCGCACCACCAUCCUCCUGCUACUCUUCGUCACGGCCUUUGCUUGGUCGGCAGCUGUUCUCGCUCUGACGCUAGCUGCGAGACUACGGCUCAUACCGUGCGAUGUCUCUCGUCCGUUCGCGUUGAGGAACGCCAUCACCACCUUCACGAUUGUGCUGGGAUAUGCUGUGGGACAAGUCAAUGUGGUAACGUGUAGAGAGGUAGACGUGUGCCGUAACCUGACGGAAAACGUAACCACUAUGGCGGACAUCCGAGCUACAUCUGGUGACAUAGCCGCCGCGUUGUGGAGUAGCACUGAUCAUCGGGCUUGCCCUGUUCCUCUUUAUAUCACUUUAGGUUGCUGUCUCAGCAUGUUAGCCGUAGCGGUGUUCCUGCGGCUUCCGAUCCUGAUCAAAGGCCUACUCCUGGCUUUCAUGACGGCCGGGUACGUGGCCGUCAUCAUGGCCUACCAUAAAGACUUGUUCGACUGCUACGAUCUCAUGACUGAACCAAGUAUAAUCGGGUCCGCAUACGUGGCGUGCGGUUGGACCCUCGCUCUCGCUCUGGCAGUACUGCUGCACGCGCGACAGACCGAGUGGACGGCGCGGCUGGACUUCCUGUGGCAGGCCCAGGCCAGGGAUGAGAAGAGAGACAUGGAUGCCUUACAAGCGUCAAACAGAAGAAUAUUGUUUAAUCUCCUGCCAGCUCACGUGGCGACCCACUUCCUGGACAACCAGUUCCGGACCAACAUGCGGCGCCGGCAGGACCUGUACCACCAGUCGUACCAGCGCGUGGGCGUGGUGUUCGCCUCCAUCACCAACUACCACGAGUUCUACAUGGAGCUGGACGGCAACAACCAGGGCAUGGAGUGUCUCAGGCUGCUCAACGAGAUCAUCGCUGACUUUGAUGAGCUCUUGGGCGAUGACCGAUUCAGCGCUAUAGACAAGAUCAAAACAGUGGGAUCCACGUACAUGGCGGCCGUUGGACUCAUCCCCGAGAAGAAGAUGUUAGACGACGCCAGCACGCGCAAGCACAUGGCCACGCUGGUCGAGUUCGUGUUCGCUAUGCGCGAUAAGCUGAAGGACAUUAACGAUAACUCUUACAACAACUUCAUGCUGCGAGUCGGUCUAAACGUGGGUCCGGUAGUUGCCGGAGUGAUCGGUGCGAGGAAACCCCAGUACGACAUCUGGGGCAACACGGUGAACGUGGCUUCGCGCAUGGACUCCACCGGCCUCCCCAACCACACGCAGGUCACCGAAGAAGUGCACCACUACCUCAAGGACCUGCCCUACCAGUUCGUCUGCAGGGGAAAGGUCAAAGUCAAAGGAAAGGGCGAAAUGACAACAUACUUCUUGACCGACCGAGCGACAUCCAGCAACGGCACGAUCAACCAUUCCAACGGACAACCGCAAAACGGACCGCCAACCGCCUACGGAGGCGUGGCGACCCCCCUGGCCAUGCUGCAGAACUCGGCGAGGAGAGCGGCUCAGCCGAACAGAUUACCGCCUUUAAGAGAAACUUCGGUCGCCGAAAACGAGCCCCUCCUACCUAGCAACGGACACCAAAGUAACGGGAACAACCACAAAGGCAGCAAGGGACGCAGAAACAAAGAUACGGAGGAGACUCCUCCCCCGCCUCCUCCGCACGGCGUGUCGGUGAAUCCAAGAUGGCCGCCGCCCCGAGCGCUCGUGCCGCCCUGGCCGCGCCCGCAGGAGCCCCGCCCUCCCGCUCCUCGUAAGAGGAGACCCCCCGCGCGCCUCCCGCGGCCGCGCUCCAGCGAGAGUCUGCCUCUAGCCAGGAGCCCACGAGUCCACUCGUCGGCGGACGAGCUCAGCUCCCUCACCCGCUCCCCCAGCCUCAGCUCCUCGGACGAGAGCUACUCGCGCACGACGGACGCGUCGCCCUCCCCGCCCCGCCCCGCGCCCUUCCUGCCCGCCUCGCGGCCGCAGCGCGCGGACCCGAGUCCCGCGUACGACUACCCGCCGGUCCGCUCGAACAAACUGCCCGCGAAUAGCAUCGCGGAGUUGUACGCGAAGCACAACAAGAUGAGCAAGAAGCCGUCGCUCGACGACAAGUUCAUCGAAGAGAAUAUUCAUUUCCAAAAGGAGGAGGAGAAGCUUCAGAGAAGUAUUAUAAAUAUGCUAGCGUCGGCCAAGCGGGACGGGUGCAGUCAGACGGACAAGAAGGAUGUGCCCGAUCGACUCGCGCAGCGGACGAAUUCCUUCUCGAGUUCCGGCAGUCGACCUAGUAACUUGAAACAUUUGAAUCACGACCGGCAGUUCAGUAAGCGCAGCCCCACCGACGUGGCCUGCGUGCCGCCCUUCGAGAGAGAGAUACAAAGGCUGCUCGACGAUAAGAAUCUUAUCAAAACUAAUCCGCCUAAGGCGGAGCGGAAGGAAUUGAAAUUAGAAUUAAGGGCCACGAACCCGUCGCUGUCGCCGGUGCGCAGCGUCAACUGCAACAACAACAGCAGCCCGCUGCACGCGGUGGGGCUGGCGGCCAUCGCGGGGCUGGCGCGGCCCGAGCCCUCGCCGCGGCAGGACUUCCCCGGCGUGCUGCCCACCGACGUGGUGGUGCAGCUGCCCGACCCCGACCCCACGACGCAGGACGUGCCGCACCACCACCACAGUCCUCUGUGCGAAAGGAAGAUGCCGGCAGACACAGAAGCUCAAAAAGAGAAACAAGAAAAGGAGAUACAAGAGCGAUUACAUAAUCGGGUUCCGGUGACGAAUCAUCGAGAAUUAGCUCUGUACGGGGAAAGUCAAUCGGAGUGGAGUUCGUCGUGUUCGGAGGGCGAGGGCGAGGGUUUGUGCGGACAGCCCGAGAGCACCGGCUACACGACCGACGACCCCGCGCUCGAGAACGUCUCCAUGCUGAACGAGGCCGGCCUCACCGACGCCGAGGCGGCGCUCAGCGACGUCAACUCCUGCUACUUCGACCGGGACGACGACGUCUCCUCCCGCGCCUCCUCCCGCCUGCUCGACUCCGAAGCCCUGGUCUCGCUGGAAUCUCUCAGCGCCAUCUACGACUCGGACGAGCCCGCUCACAGGUACCUGGCGAACAUUCGCACCGUCAGCGAGUGCAUCACUAGGAAUUUUGGCCAGCCCACGCACGUCACCGACGGCGAGAGCGACGUGUGAUCCCACGUUGGACAUCAUGUGGCUGAAAUUCUAAAGCUUCGGGCUUAUGCGAAUCUUUCGUUUAGACUCUUAUCCAGGAAUCUCAUUUGUAACUGAACUGUCAUGACAUCGUGCGGGAGAUGUUUAGGGGCGAAAGUAAAGAAUGCUAUGCUCUCUAUGUAAAAGUGCUAGUAAAAGUUAUUGGAAUACUCAAACUACUUUUGUGAAUUGUUAUAUAUCGAUCGUUUUUGUCGAAUUUGAAGUAUUUGGAUGUCGACUUCUAAAUAUUGCUGACGUGCCUGUUUUAAAAUAUGUACUGUAUGUGUGUAAAUUGUCAGUAUAUACCUAACUAUUAUAUCGACUGUAUUAUAUCGAGUAAGCGGCGAGAAGCCAUGAGAUGGCGUCGUUGGGGAGGAUGCGAUGAUCUCUACAAUUAUAAGGUGCUCUGACUUAGAAUAACGUACCUUACUAUUAUAUGGUCUGUCUUGUGAUACGUGGUUUAGGAAUUUGACUUCGACCGACCAAUCUGUGUAAGAGUCAGUGUUACGAGUAUAGACUGCGGGCUGGCCCCUUAACUGUACAUUGUAAGUUGUUUUUCAGUAUCAGUCAGUUGGCGGAGGCUAGAUCGACUUGUAAAUGUGCUUUAUAUUUAAGGUAGUUAUAUUUUUUGCAUUUUAAUUUAUAAUUGUAUUGUUACCAUAGACUGGAAGAAUUAUUUUUUCUACAAUCGUUGUAUUGAAGGACGUAAAUUUAGAUAGACAUCAUGGAUAGUGCCAUUAUACCAAUCGCAAUUGUCUUGACCUCUCGUUCAUUUACUUCAGGGUGAGAUAUAUUACCGCCAGUUACUGGCACCAAAACAACUGUAUUUAAAAGCUUCGUCUGGUAUGAAUUUAAGGUGACAACAUUGGCAAUUGGCGAUAAUUGUUUUAAUUCUCCGCCUUGACGCCAGGCGAAUAUUCAGAACCAAAUUGAACCGUGGACGAGAGAUAUAUUCUAGCCCGAAGGUCACGAAAAUGAUACUCCGAGAGAAUAGGUACGCUUGACGCUGAUGCUGCCGGCGCGGCGUUGGUUGCUAUACAUUUGUUUUUCAUGUAUGUUUGCCGAUUAACGCUGCCUCACUGCGUCACUGUUGAACGUCGCUCAGAUAAUUAAUUCGUGGCCAAGGGAAGCAUAAAGGUAGCUUAAAUAAAAGAACCGUGAGACUUGAAAGUACAACUUAUACAUAACACCACUAGCGAAUAUUUGUUGUAGAAUAUUCUCGUGGACACUUACCUUUUAUUUAAUUGUAACAUAUAAGUUUGUGUGUCAAUUCGUGUAACGAUUGUUAUUGACUAGAGUAAACACUGUAUAAUCAUCUGCAAUAUAAAACUAUAAUAUAUAAUGAAAAAUUUGUCUAAACGUUUGUUUUAGUCGCUUUUCUUGGCUAAGAAUGUACUUAAACUAUAACGGGCAAGUAACUGCAAUAUGUGGUGAAUUCCGAUUGAGGCGAUCAGUCGUAGAACUAAUAUUAUGGUGAUUGUGGUUUUGUUUUUCUCUUCUCUUGCUUGUAUCAAGCACUCGCCUCUUAGGCAGGAGACCUUCGUGUGUAAUAAAAUAAAUAAAUUAGAAAUGGAUUAAGUUUAGUAGUUGCCAGAGGUGAACUUUGAGGAAUAGUGGACAAACAAUCGAUUUGUAUAUAGGAGCACUUGCAUCCGGUGAGUCUUGGGAGUUGUUAUACUUUGUAAAUAUUGUUAAUCGUCUACAUAAUUAUGAAGUGCUAUUCCACUUUAAAUUACGUAAGUGAUAUUUUUUGCUAUUUAUAUCCUCAGUAUUUUCAUAUAAUUUUUUCUUUGUUAUAUACAGUGCCAAACUAUUAUUUUUUUGUAUUUGCUUGUAAUCAACGUUUUAUUUAUUACUUGAGUGCUUGACAUAUUUAAGGCGAUAUUUUGAAAACACAUGAUAUCUACAUACAAAUUUGACGAUGACGUUUAAAUCCAUAAAUAGGUUUGAACUUUAGCAUAACUCUUGUAAAAGUAGUAAAGUAACAAAAGCAUAAUCAAUCCGUUUUAAUAUUUAUCUAAAAUAUCCAAAAAAUUGAGAGACAACUGAUGAGAAUUCAAGCUCAUCAAAUGCGAAAAUAUUUGAAUAGAAAUUUGUACUUAGGUUUCCAAGUCUUGUUUUAUAUAAGUACAUAGUUAGUAUUCAGAUUAAAGCUAUUUUCUCACCAAUGAUAGAUAAUUCAUAUUAUAAAUACCUACUAAAUACCUGACUAUUAUCAUAUAAAUACUGAAUCAUACUUCGUGCACGAUUUUUAUAAGUAUCUGGUGUUGAUCAUAUCCUACAUAUUUAGCUUUAAUGUGAAUAGAUGACGGCGUAAGAAGAUUUAAGUAACUAACAUACGAGUAAUAGCAAAUUAUGAUGUGGUAACUUUUGUGAUUAUUUAUUUGACGUUAAAUUUUCGCCUUACGUAGAAAGUGUAUUGUGUAUUUGUUUCAAUUCAAUUAAGCAAUAUUAAUUACUUGGAAUUAAAGUGGUUUACAUUA